UUUCUUUAUUAAACAGUAUCAUGUAAUAAAUUGGGGUUUGUUAAUUUCACAACAACAAAAAAUCAUGUUAAUAAAUUAGUUAAGAUGUAAAUUAUAGCCACUUGUUCUCUAAUUUUAGAAGAUCCAAAACUCCAAAAUCCAAAUGCUCUUGAGAUAUCCGAGAAAACGACUAUUGGCCGCGUCUCCAUGAUUCACAUCUUCAGUCCACCACGUGUCAUGAGCACGACGUUGACAACUAUCUCGCUUGAUUAGCUCUAGCGAAUUUCAAAAGCUUUGGAGUUUGGACACUGUUUUGAAAAUCCCUAUCUAACGAUUCUAACCACUUCGUACUUUAUUUUUUGUCAACAUUGCCCUGAGACUUCUCUGAAAUCUCAAGGUUUUGGCACUCCAUAUGUUAAUUUCCAACACAGCUAAAACCCCAUAUGGCAAGUCAAUCUACCGUAACUAAAAGAGUAGUCUAACACGCCUACGCAUCCUAUCAAUUGGGCUAAUUAUCAGAGAGAGAGAGAGAGAGAAAAAAAGGGUGUUAAGUUAAGCAAUUCACAUGUGAACAUGCCCAAAUUUUCAUCUCAUCCACAAGCAAACUCAACCAAUAAUGCCUCGUAAGAUUCUUCUAUCUCCUAUACGUCAACACUUGCCAAACCUAUAGGCUACAAGCAUAGACCAAGAAGUCUAGUCACACAAGUUGGCAUUUAGGGAAAGCCAACAAGUUUUACAACUAUUGUGAGCAAGUAGAAAGAUAGAGCCAAGAAGUUAAUUUACGGUAUUUACAUACAAAAAGAUAUAUAGAGAAAGAAAUUGAGCAUUAAGUGUUGGAAGAUGAGCAUGAUGGCUAUCAUUAGCAAACUAUAUUGUUCAUCUUCUCAGACGGUGCUUGGGGUCAGGAAGAGGCCUCAUGUGGUGAAUGGAGGGGGUUUUGUGGUCACGGAUUGUAGUGGCCAGAGGGUUGUUUUCAGGGUUGAUGGUUGUGGGAUUCAUGACACUAAGGGACAGUUGAUUCUAAGAGAUGGGGAAGGAGAUGCUUUACUUCUCAUGCGUCGAAAGGGAGGCAUGGUUGAGGCCCUUGGCAUUUACAAGAAGUGGAAUGGUUAUAGUGUAAACUAUGAAGGAUUACAGAGCCUGGUUUUCAGCUUGAAAGAGCCCAAUAAUUGUUGUUUGGUUAAGAACAAUGCGAUUAGAAUCUCCAUUGAACCCAGGAAUUCUAGUAACAAGGGCUGGGACUUUGAGGUCAGGGGUUACUUCCCUGAUAGGAGUUGUAGCAUUGUUGAUGUUAGAGGCAACGUAAUAGCACAGGUUGGGGUGAACAAGGAAGUGGAGAAAUUGAUGGAAAGUAAGGAUCUGUAUCAUGUGGUGGUGAAACCAGGGAUCGAUCAAGCGUUUGUUUUUGGAGUCAUUGCCAUCCUUGACUACAUUUAUGGCGAAUCCACAUACUGCAGAGUCCAAAAUUGUGCUUAGCGUGCUGUGUUUUGCUGAAUUAUUAUUUUAUAAUUAAAACCAAUAGUGGUUUUUUCUCGUAUGACAAAUGUGUAUAUAUGAAAGAAGCUAAAGGGGAUAGAGAGGGUUUUGGAGGAAUUAAGGGGACAAUUAACCAGGUUAGGAAGAUGCCUUGUAUAUUAUGGAAGGGAAAUUGGAUUGUUACUUGCGUUAAGCAAUUGCAUGUAAUUUCGUUAAUUCGAAUGACUGGUUUGACAAUGACGAAUGUGAAAGUUAUUUAAGUAUCGUUCCUAGUGCUUAUCGUUUA